AUGUUCAGACCUCGCAUAAAAUGCCUGAUACCGAUGCACCGUUUUACACCAUUACACAAUGCCUGCGAUAAAGGUCUCGUGGAGGUGGUGGAGAUACUGCUGAAGCAUGGCGUUGAUGCUGACGCCAAAACCGCGAUCGACAGAACGCCUCUUCACAUCGCCUGCUCUUAUACAACUGAGGGCCCUGUGGCUGUGUUACUGGAACAUGGUGCAAAUGUUGACGCACGAGACGAGAAGACUUUCGUGGCUCUAGUCCGAGCGGUGAUUCUGACUGAGCAGAAAAAACACAGCUUUGGUUCGGUCGCGGUGCUCUUCGCUGCCGGCUGGCGCAUGGAGCCCAAGGCAUUUGAUGAGCGUGCUUUUGAUGACCUGAGGUCAAUCAUCCGCAAGUUGCGUGCCUAA